GGCGUUUCUGGUUCGUGCAAGUGUGAGAUAAAAAAAAUAAAAAAACAGGUCUGAAUGAAGUUUGAGAUAGAGAAACUUUCAAGGUGCUAGUGAUUUCGUUUCGUCUGUCCGUAUGCUUGUUAUGUUUUCAUAGAUAUUCAGUAACACAUGCAGCGUCAGGACUCUUGAUUAUUGAGAGCACUUUGGUGGAGAAAGCGGCGGCAUCCGCGACUCUGCGUCUUGGCACGGGUGUAAUCAUUAGCACAAAACGUUUUAGCAACGGGAACCAUUUACUACAAACGAAAACGUUUUGCAUUAAAACGACACUUUAUAUUGGACAAAUUCAGCUAGGUCUCUCCCCGUUUCGUUCCGUUUGCUUCCGUUUGGUUCCUAGUUAAUAAUACACAACAGGCAAUGCUCUGACGUCACAAGUGAGACUCUCAACUAAAGCAAGCCUAAUCGAAUUGAGGCUUUACAUAAUAUAUAUAUAUAUAUUAUGGUUCGAUCAGUGGAUAUACUUCCCGGGACAGAGAACUCUUUGUUUGGAGCCAAAAUCAUGAAAGUACAGGUGGCAGAGUAACCGCAGGACAUCGAGACUAUUUCUCUCUUCCAUCUUCCCUUUCCCAAACCCGCUUGGCUUCCUUUCACUCUUCCUUGCUUUCUCCACCUGCACAUCAGUCCCUCCAUCCUCCCGUGUCUCUAACUCCACCUACACAUCAGUCCCUCCAUCCUCCCGUGUCUCUAACUCCACCUACACAUCAGUCCCUCCAUCCUCCCGUGUCUCUAACUCCACCUACACAUCAGUCCCUCCAUCCUCCCGUGUCUCUAACUCCACCUACACAACAGUCCCUCCAUCCUCCCGUGUCUCUAACUCCACCCAGUGGCGCUGCCAUCAUGCGUCGGUACAGCUCCGAGGGGUCUCUACUCGAUAUGGAUUUCCUGCCGCUGAGGAAAGUAUCUGUGAAGGGCCACAACUACCACAGCCGGGACGGGGACUCAGGUACCUUCAACCCCCACCUGGAGGACGACGAACUGGAUGGGCGAACCACCUCUUUCCCCUCUACCCCUAUCAUCGUGGAGCCUGGAGCCAGCCAUGGGAGGACGACGGGGAGGGGGCAGCUGAGCAAGGAUCACAGCGUCAGUGUGGAGAACGUCACAGAACUGGGGAAGCUAGAGAGUAAGUGUUUUCUCGUAGUGGUGAACCUCAACGAAGGAUAUAGGGCAUAUAGUGACGGGCAGUUGGCGCCGGCGACUACGGGCCGCAGCACAGAGAGCGUGGGCAGCGACGACCAGCCACCGCACUCUCCCUCGAACUCAACCUCUGGCUCCAGCCCCUUCAAGUCACAACAACGGUCCCCCACCAGAGCCAAGCUGUCCGCAGCCAAACUACACCUGAAGAGCCUGUUUGUGCAGAGUCCCCAUUCAUCACAUUCCAACCUGUUUAACCCAGAACAGAAAGAACAGAAAGACAGUGCUAAAGAGCGGAGGUCUCGCCUCCCGUUGAUGCACCAGUGGAGUCAGGUGGGCCACAGCAACGCCAAGUUCAGUCGGGUGGAACUUGAUAAGUGGGCUGAAUCGCUGGACGACCUCCUGGCCAGUCGGACGGGUGUGUCUGUGUUUGGAGCAUUCCUGCGCUCAGAGUUUAGUGAGGAGAAUCUGCAGUUCUAUCUGGCCUGUGAGCAGUACAGAAACUCGUCCAACAACUUCAGCCUGCACAGACGGGCCAAGACGAUCACUGCCACCUAUAUUGAUGCGGGGGCACCACGAGAGGUGAACUUGGACAGUAAGACCAGAGAUCUAACCACACAGCUCCUACAGGCCCCAUCACACACCUCCCUGUCCCACGCCCAGAAACGCAUCUACUCCCUCCUGGAUACAGACUGCUACCCUCGCUUCCUCCAGUCCACCAUCUACCUCACCCUGCUGGGCCAGGCUGACUAGAGACUAAGGGCUCCAUUCAAUCUGUAUUCGUGGAAGUUCAGCACUAUAGCCUCGAUUGAAAUGUAUAGGCAAAUGUGCCUGCGUUCGUGGAGACUACAUUCACGUUAAUUUGAUGGCUCAAUCUGAAAUUACCUUUACAUUUCAAUCACGCCGUAGCGUUGAAUUUCUGCAAUACGAAUUGAAUGGAGACCUAAGGCUGCGUCCCUAUUCUCCACUCUCCACCCUUCUCCUAAAGUGUACACUAUCUCACAUGGAUUUAACAAUGGUGGAAAGGAAACUCCAAUCCAGUGCUUUUGAAAUCUAUGAUGGGUGUGUACGUGCUUACUGGGAAAGGGUGGAAAACUGAGACCUAUCUGUUGUGGAUAUGGGGUUGGACUGUUGCAGGAGAUGCAGUUACAUCAUGUAGAGUUAAAGAUGGUUUGGGGUUUAGUCAUUCCAGUUAAUGAGCAGGGUUGUGUUCAUUUGGGCAUGGAACAGAAAAACUUUUAAAAAAAAAAUGUUUUUCAAAGCAAAAUGAAAAUGAGAGUUCUUUAUUGGACAAGUCCAGGUAGUCCCUUUCUGUUUCAGUGCCUAAUGAACAUGACCCAGGGGGUUCUGUUAGGUUCUGCUUAGGGUGUGAAGAAGCUUGGGGAAAUGACAGCAGGGAAUGCCAUGGGGUUUGGAUUGAAGGAGCUUGCCAAUCGAUCAACAGAGGUUACGAGACAGGGACCUGUUUAUUCCAUGACUUAGUGAGUGUGAAACUGACGAUAUCAUCGUUUGUAAUCAUUGAACAUCCCUGUUUUUGUUGGCAUCAUUCGUAGCAGAGCAGCUAAGAAGCCGAUAGGUCACCCACGGUCCAAUGAGCACGUAUGGAAUUCCAACAGCGUGUACAAAGGGAAAACAAGUUGAGCAAGAUGCCGCACUAGUUGAAAAGGACAACGCAUUUUGAGAAACCCAAAGCAGUCCUCACUGGUGGAGGAGUGUAGCCCGUACAAGGAAGUAACCUAUUUAAAGAUUGCCUCCAGGAACUCUUUUUGAAAAAGGGAUUUCUUUCAAAGAUGUCACCUUAAUAAUCCCUCAGAUCAGAUGGAUGGUUUUAUUAACAUAUCAAGACAGAUCAUUUGUCGCUAGAUAAUUCAAAAAUGGUAUUGUUUCCAAGUAAGCCAUCUUACAUUACAGACCUCUGGCAAACAAAGUCAGUGUUGGUUUGAUGCCGUUCUUAUGUGACUGCAGUGUUCUGAACAGUGUAUGAAAACCAAGAGAGAAACCCAUUUCACUUCACGCUCCAUUGUACAUAUUUUUAAACAGUAAUCUGAAGAGAAUCCAACAGAUAAACAAAGAAUAUAGUAAUUUCUUUCAAGUGUAUAAUUUCUUUGUACCUAGUUUUGAAUGUGGUUUUGUCAAACUAUUUUAAAGAUAAAUAAAAUAACACGUAAAUGUACAUAUGACAGUAGUCGUUGGUCACUAUAGAUGGAUCUCAGUGCUAUCCGUCUAAACACC